AGAUAAAUUAUAUUUAAUGUGUAUUUUCAUAAAGCAUAUUAAAUAGAAAAUGUACUAGUAUUAUUUACCUAAUAUAAACAUAUUUUAAAUGAACUUAAGUACUUUACAAUUUAUUUUUACAAGGGUAGACUGUGUUCAGUUUGCUCAUUUUGAACGUUGUACCCAUCUGAUUUUUUUUAUUGACUUAUUUUAAGCUACAUUUCAUUUUCCCUCCCAUAGAAAAGCCUGGUUUGUGUGUAAAGGCUGGUGCAGGUUUACACACUAAAACCUGAGCUGGCGUACCUCUGGCUUUUCACCACCAGCUCGUAUCAGGUAUCACUCGUAUAUCUGCUUUCUUCAGAGUCACUGGAUACCCCAGCUUUAUAGUUGAGGCUAGGCAACCAGGAGGACCUGCGUGACAGUUGGGAAGAGACAGUGUAGUGGAGGACCAGUGUGGAUAAUGACGUUCAUAGCCAAGACCUUCUACGACCUGCGUGCUACAACGCUGGAGGGAGAAUCCGUCGAUUUUAAUGUGUUCAGAGGACGGGUGGUGCUGAUUGAGAAUGUGGCAUCCCUCUGAGGUACGACCACCCGGGACUACAGCCAGCUCAACCAGCUCCAGAGCAGGUACCCACACCGGCUGGUGGUCCUGGGCUUCCCCUGUAACCAGUUUGGCUACCAGGAAAACUGCACCAAUGGAGAAAUCCUGAACUCCCUGAAGCACGUGAGGCCAGGAGCAGGAUACGAACCUGGAUUCACCAUUUUCGAGAAGUGUGACGUGAAUGGGGUCAACACUCACCCCGUCUUCGCCUACCUGAAGGACAAACUCCCAUACCCUGACGACGACCCGGUCUCCUUCGUGCAGGACCCCAAAUUCCUUGUGUGGAGCCCCGUCAGCCGGACUGACGUCUCUUGGAAUUUUGAGAAGUUCCUCAUUGGCCCUGAAGGCGAGCCGUUCAAGAGAUACAGCAAAAAGUUCGAGACCAUUGCCAUCGAACCCGACAUCCAGAGAUUACUGAGAUUGACCAAGAACUAACCAACCAACUAACCAGCCAUCUAAACAUCUAAACAUCUGAACACCUGAACAUCUGAACACCUGAACAUCUAACUCAGGGGUCUCCAAUCUUAUCAGCAAAAAGGGCAGAUAUAAAAUAAUAUCAUGAUAUUUCCUGGUAUUUUCCCAAUAACAAAAAUCUGAAUUUCAAGAAUACACUACUGCAACAAAAUGAAAAAAAAUAUAUAUAUAUCAUCGCAUACAAUAUGAUAUGGCACACCCCUAACUGAGAUAUUAAAAAAUGAAAAGAAUUAAAUUAAAAUAAAUGAAAACAAA